AAGGUCGUGGGAAGCAGCAGCCAAGGUCAUUCACCUGGGCCGAAGUGUAAAGGGAAUCCAAAAGAUAGUGCUCGUACCCAGCAACUGAACACCAGUCUGCUGUUGUACAAAAUGGAUUCAAAAAAUCAAAGAAUGGGAACACCUCCGCUGGAGCGACAUCAGUCAGUGGUGAUGCUUGACAGCAGUGAUGCCAUGCACAUUGUCAAGAUGGAUCUGGCUAACCUUAUCAUGAAGUCACCCUCUGAAAAUAGAGAGGAGCUCAAAUCUCACUUGGAGGGGUUUGAGCAUCUUUUCCAGCGCUUCCUAGUGGAUAGACGUGUUGGCAAUCACAUCAUCUGGGAUAAGAUCCAGCCCCUCCCACCUGACGCUGUGCUCCCCUACUUUACAAUUAGCGAGGUGACGAGUGGAGCGAAGGCUCUCUUGGACAAAUUGGUAGUGCUAAAACUAAAUGGAGGACUGGGGACCAGUAUGGGGUGUGUGGGACCAAAGAGUCUCAUCUCAGUACGUGAUGACUCCACUUUCUUAGACCUCAAUGUUCAGCAGAUUGAGUACAUGAACAACAAGUAUGGAAGCAAUGUGCCGCUGGUACUCAUGAAUUCUUUUAAUACUCACGCUGACACGGAGAGGAUCCGCUUCAAAUACGAGCGACGAGUUGACCUCCACAUGUUUCAACAGAGCUACUACCCACGUGUGCUCAAAGAGACUCUCAGACCCUAUCCGGAAAAGUUUGACCUUAAAGAUGGCUGCUGGUACCCUCCAGGCCAUGGGGAUGUGUAUGCUUCUCUCAAACGAUCAGGUCUCCUGGAAAAGUUCAUUAAAGAUGGCAAAGAGUUUAUUUUCAUCUCAAACAUUGACAAUCUAGGUGCUACAGUGGACCUCAACAUCCUCAACUUCCUACUGAACCCUCCACAAGGAUCAAAGCCAGCAGAGUUUGUGAUGGAGGUGACGGACAAGACACGGUCCGACGUAAAGGGAGGCACACUUAUUAUGUUUGAGGACAGGCUACAACUGCUUGAGAUAGCACAGGUACCCAAAGACCAUGUUGAUGAAUUUAAGUCGAUUACAAAGUUCAAGGUGUUCAAUACCAAUAACCUGUGGGCAAAUCUCAAUGCCAUAGACCGACUCAUUAAGGCAGACAGCAUUCAGACGGAGGUCAUCGCCAAUAGGAAGACUCUUGGUGAUGGGACCAACGUGAUUCAGCUGGAGACUGCAGCUGGUGCAGCCAUGAGAAACUUCACAGGAGCCAUUGGUAUCAAUGUGCCUCGCAGUCGAUUCCUUCCUGUGAAGAAGACCUCUGACUUGCUACUCACCAUGUCAAACCUGUUCACCAUGCGACACGGUGCCCUCACCAACAACCCUGCCCGCAGUUACCCCUCUCUACCACUGGUCAAGUUAGGAGACCCAGACUUUACUAAGGUACGAGAGUUUCUGGAUCGAUUUGACAGCAUCCCCGAUCUUCUUGAAUUGGACCAUCUCACUGUGUCAGGGGACGUCACCUUUGGAAAGGGUGUCUCACUCAAGGGCACUGUGAUCAUCAUUGCGAAUCAUGGAGACAGAAUAGACAUACCUGCCAAUGCCUGCCUAGAGAACAAGAUUGUAUCUGGGAACUUACGUAUUAGAGACCACUAAACAAAAAAAAAACAUAUUUUUUAAGGUUACAGAUUUCAGGUUUAUAUAUUAAUAGUUAAUAGUCAGAGUGUAGUAUAUCGAUUUUUAGAGAAUGUAACGAACAAAUUAAUUGUGCAUAAUGAUAAUAUUAUGAUUGCAUGUGUGGCCAUGAAAACAGAUACCUCAUUUGAAA